CCACCCCCCCCCCCCCCCGCCCUCUUCCAGGGACCCUAGGAACCAGGCCCACCAAGGCAGGGGAUGUUUUAGGAUUGUGUCUCAGGAUGGAGUGUGUCUAGGGAAGGCGUUGUCAUGGUAACAGCUCUGGUCACUUCUAGCCCCACCUCUCUGGACACAUUCAUAAGAAAGGGAUGGUUAUAGGUCGCUGUGGUAACUGACACCCUUCCCACCCACUCCUGAGACACUCCAGGUGGUGCCUGAGCUUAUGGAACUUCAAGAAAAAGGAUUCUCUGACCUUCUCGCUGCCACUUCUGUAGGUAAGAUGUGCAAAAUUCUCUUGUGCAAAAUUGGCUGAUUUGGGGUUUUCUGGUCCUUGUCCCCUCAGCAGUGCAUUUGAGCUGGUCUGGAACCGCCCACCGGGAGCUCCCACAGCAGCCUAGGAGGAUGCCCUGGAGGCCCAGCUAGGGCCCGACUUUGGCCCCAUGCGGCUCACCCGCUGCCAGGCUGUCCUGGCAGCCGCCAUCACUCUCAACCUCCUGGUCCUCUUCUAUGUCUCGUGGCUACAGCACCAGCCCAGGAACUCCCGGGCCCGGGGUCCCCGCCGUGGAGCUGCCGCCGGCCCCCGCGUCACCGUCCUGGUGCGCGAGUUCGAGGCCUUCGACAACGCGGUGCCAGAGCUGGUGGACUCCUUCCUGCAACAGGACGCGGCCCAGCCGGUGGUGGUGGCCGCCGACACGCUCCCCUACCCACCCCUGGCCCUGCCCCGGGUUCCCAACGUUCGUCUGGCGCUACUCCAGCCCGCCCUGGACCGGCCCGCCGCCGCCUCGCGCCCCGAGACCUAUGUAGCCACCGAAUUCGUGGCCCUGGUGCCCGACGGGGCUAGGGCCGAGGUACCGGGCCAGCUGGAGCACAUGGUGGAGGCGCUCCGGGCCGGAGGUGCACGCCUGGUGGCCGCCCCCGUCGCCUCCGCCAACCCCGCCCGCUGCUUGGCCCUGAACGUCAGCCUGCGCGAGUGGACCGCCCGCUACGGCCCCGCCCCGUCCGCGCCCCGCUGCGACGCCCUGGACGGAGACGCCGUGGUGCUCCUGCGCUCCCGCGACCUCUUCAACCUGUCGGCGCCCCUGGCCCGGCCGGUGGGCACCGGCCUCUUCCUGCAGACGGCCCUCCGCGGCUGGGCCGUGCGGCUGCUGGACCUGCCGUUCGGCGCGGCGCGCCUGCCCCCGCUGGCCACGGCCCACGCGCGCUGGAAGGCGGAGCGCGAGGGGCGCGCGCGGCGGGCGGCGCUGCUGCGCGCGCUGGGCAUCCGCCUGGUGAGCGGGGAGGGCGGGCGGCUCGAGUGGUUCGGCUGCAGCAAGGAGACGCCGCGCUGCUUCGGGACGGUGGUGGGCGACACGCCGGCCUACCUGUACGAGCAGCGCUGGACGCCGCCGUGCUGCCUGCGCGCGCUGCGCGAGACCGCCCGCUACGUGGUGGGCGUGCUGGAGGCGGCGGGCGUGCGCUACUGGCUGGAGGGCGGCUCGCUGCUGGGGGCCGCCCGCCACGGGGACAUCAUCCCGUGGGACUACGACGUGGACCUGGGCAUCUACCUGGAGGACGUGGGCAACUGCGAGCAGCUGCGCGGCGCCGAGGCGGGCUCGGUGGUGGACGAGCGCGGCUUCGUGUGGGAGAAGGCCGUAGAGGGCGACUUCUUCCGCGUGCAGUACAGCGAGAGCAACCAUCUGCACGUGGACCUGUGGCCUUUCUACCCCCGCAACGGGGUCAUGACCAAGGACACGUGGCUGGACCACCGGCAGGAUGUCGAGUUCCCCGAACACUUCCUGCAGCCUCUCGUGCCCCUGCCCUUCGCUGGCUUCGUGGCGCAGGCGCCUAACAACUACCGUCGCUUCCUGGAGCUCAAGUUCGGCCCCGGGGUCAUCGAGAACCCGGAGUACCCCAACCCCUCACUCCUGAGUUUGGCGGGAAGCGGCUGAGGCUCCAGCGGCCGCUCUUGGGGUCGGGAGAAGAACGCUCAUGCGCGGGGAGCUGGCCUUUGCUUCGGCGCCGCUGGCGUUUGGUGGGCGGGCCGGGGAUGCCCAGCUGUCCUGCAAGGCCCAGCACAGGCCCGGACGUCGAAGACCUACGCUGCCCAAGAUUAACGAGAGCGUGGGCUUUAUUCAGAGCACGGACACAUUUUGUAAAGAGGAAAGCGUGUGGGUUCUGAGCUGGACUGCCGCGACCAAAACCCCAGCUCUACCACUUGCGACUUAGGUGGGCCUGGGCGACUGUCCCAGCUUCUCUGUGCCUCAGUUUCUUCCGGGAUUCAAUGAGCGCCCUCUGUCCAGCUCACAGUCCGUGGGGCACUUGGUUGCUGGGGCUGCUUCCGCCACCAGGGGGCGCCGUUGUCCUGCUGUGGGGCCAAGGCGCCGGUAAGCCUGUCCCCUCCGUUGUUCUGUAGCUUUCCUGACUCCUGAGUCUCAGGCCUCUCUAAUCCCCAGUGUCUUGCAGGACCGGAUAACUAUCGCCCUUCGAGGGCCCCGGGAGGUGCAUGCUGCUCUUGACCUCCUCUUCCAGAGGAGGGAACAGGCUCGGAGCCCUGAGCUGCAGCUAUGGUUAAGAACCGGGUCCUGGAUGCCGGCCCCACUCCAUGUUAACGGUGUUACCUCAUUAUUUCAGCUCUCUGCACCUGUUAGCCCACUGCAAGGCCGGAUAAACAGUCGUCAUAACUCACGUUACUCAGCACAUACCGUGUGCCAGGCAUCCUUCUCAGUAUUUCACACAGAUUCACUGAUUUAUGUCUCACCCCCAGGUCCUGAGGUGAGAGCUGCUAUUAUUUCCAUUUCACAGGGGAGCAAACUGAGGCUAGAAUGGUAAAGCCAUUUGCCCAAGGUCAGACAGCUUGGGAAGUGACCGAGCAGGGACUUGAACCCAGGCAGUCAGUCUGGAGCCCACACAGAAGUUGGAUACUAUGCCCCUCUCUGUGGUACCGCUCUGCGUCUCCGAAACUCUGCUUUGCACCUAAGAAAUGGAGGUGACUGGGUGCUGGGUGGCACUUGAGUGGUAAAGGGGUCAGGAAUCAAGGCUGGGGUUGGCUCCUGGCUUGGCCACUUAUUUUCCUGGUCAUCUUAGGCAAGUCACGGCCUCCCUGAACCUAUAGGUCGGGUGUGGGGGAUCGGUGUCAUUGCAGACACAUGAAGCCCUUGGAGGAGGAGACCUCACAGGCCAGCAAGAGGGAAGACGCAUGCGAAUUUGUCCCAGUCUCCUGAGACUCAGAUGUCCAAAGCCUGACUUCUUAGAACACAG